AUGCAGGCAUUUGUUCCCAAAAACAGACGGCCUAGAUUUGAGCUUGUGUUGAGAAUUAUCGAUAUCAAUAAUGUUCCACUUGGCAACGGCGUUGCCUUUGUGAGAUGGCGACUACCAUCAUCAAGUGCCACUGAACACCAAGGCCAGACAGAGAAAGCGACUCUAUCAGACCACCGGGCUUAUUGGAAUUACGAAAAAGCUCUUCAAGUGAGACUUACAAUCGACAGAACAUCAAUGCUUCAUGAGUGUGAACUCAACUUCGAAAUCAUCCAAGAAUUUACCUCAUUGCCCAUCCCUGAAAAGUAUGUGCUGGGCAAAAUCAGACUCAACCUUGCUGAAUACGUGGACAAGGUUGAAGAAGGUGAGGGUGUCAUUCGACGAUACCUGAUGCAUGAAUGCAAAGUGAAUAGUACUGUCAAAAUUGGGAUCGCGAUGCGCCAGCUAGAAGGAGAUCGCAACUUUAUGACCCCACAUCUGAAGUCAGCUACCGUAUUUGGAGGCAUUGCCGGUGUCGUUCAUGCCUCCGAGCAGCAAGGCGAUCUCGACGAAGCUGGACACCUCCCAUCCAUCAAUACCAAGAGCCGGGAAAUUGCGGACAUGCAAGACAUGUAUAGGCGAACUCUAGCAGCGUCAUGGUCCUCCCGGGCCUCUGAUCUCCCAGCCGACAAACUUGUCGAGGAGCUAUUUGCUGGAAGCUCGAGCUGGUAUAACGAUGCACACAAUACCAGCGACAAAAGUCCACCAGGGGAUGACCACCGAGACACUCUAUUAAGUGUAGAGUCGGCGUCGCGACAAAGUCGCCCUGGGAAGACGUUGUCCCCAAGCUUCGAGCGUCGGCCCAAGAGUUCUUCAAGUAAUCAUUCUCACAGUAGUGGCAAGACACCAGACUCUCUUUCUACACUUGGACAUCCCAAAAAGGGCGGGAGUAUUGAACAAAAGCUUUAUGAUGGAGCGAAAGGCCGAGGGUGGAAAGCACCCAAUGUGCACAAUGAGCUUUCUGAGUUUGACGUGAGAGAGGAUUUGCGCAGCUGGGAAGUUCCUUCAAAGGAAUGA